CUCUGAGCAUGUGCAGAGCUGCUUGGCGGCGGCUCCCUCGGCCGGAGGCUGGGGCUCAGUGCUGAUGCUAACACCCGACUCGGCCUCUACCCCAGCGUGGUCGGCGCCCCGGGCCCGGGCGGCUGGGAAGGAGCCGUAGCCUCCCCGCGGCCCAAGGAGCAGGCGCGGCCGCGCGCACCCCCCCCGGCGGCCGCGGCGCCCUCGGGGCCCACGAUGAUGGCGGAGCAGGUGAAAUGCGCCUCGGCAGGGGGCGGCUCCGGAGCGGGCUCCGGGCCGGUGGUGAACGCGGAGCUGGAGGUGAAGAAGCUGCAGGAGCUAGUGCGUAAGCUGGAGAAGCAGAACGAGCAGCUGCGGAGCCGGGCGGCCAGCGCGGCCGCCGCCCCGCACCUGCUGCUGCUGCCGCCACCGCCCCCCCGGCCGUCGCCGCCUCGGGGGGCCUGGGGCUGGGGCUGGCGUUGGGUGCCGGGGGCGGCGGGCGGCAGCGGCGGCUCCAGCCCCGCGUUCCCGGGGACCUACUGCCUGCCCAGCCCGGCGCCCUCCCUGCUCUGCAGCCUGGCGCAGCCCCCGGAGGCACCCUUCGUCUACUUCAAGCCGGCGGCGGGCUUCUUCGGCGCGGGCGGUGGCGGGCCGGAGCCGGGGGGCGCGGGGACGCCGCCGGGGGGAGCCACCGCGCCGCCCUCGCCUCCCUCGCCUCCCUCGCCGCCCCCGACGCUGCUGGACGAGGUGGAGCCGCUGGACCUGGAGAGCGUGGCCGCUUGGCGGGACGAGGACGACUACACCUGGUUAUACGUUGGCUCUUCAAAGACAUUCACAUCAUCAGAGAAAUCCCUGAGCCCUUUGCAGUGGUGUAGACACGUCCUAGAUAAUCCGACUCCAGAGAUGGAAGCAGCAAGGCGUUCCCUGUGCUUUAGACUGGAGCAAGGUUACACAUCCAGGGGCUCCCCUCUCAGUCCCCAGUCCUCUAUAGACAGUGAGCUGAGUACUUCAGAAUUGGAAGAUGAUUCUAUCUCCAUGGGAUAUAAGUUACAGGAUCUCACUGAUGUCCAGAUCAUGGCUCGUCUCCAAGAAGAAAGUCUCAGGCAAGAUUAUGCGUCCACUUCAGCAUCUGUGUCCAGACAUAGUUCCAGUGUGUCACUGAAUUCAGGAAAAAAAGGGACAUGUAGUGAUCAAGAAUAUGAUCGAUUCAGUCUGGAGGACGAGGAAGAAUUUGACCAUUUGCCGCCACCUCAGCCUCGUCUUCCAAGGUGUUCGCCUUUCCAAAGAGGAAUCCCCCAUUCACAGACUUUCUCCAGCAUUCGGGAUUGUAGGAGGAGCCCCAGUUCCCAGUAUUUUCCUUCAAAUAAUUACCAGCAGCAACAGUAUUAUUCACCUCAAGCCCAAACUCCAGAUCAGCAACCAAAUAGGACCAAUGGAGACAAGCUCCGAAGAAGUAUGCCUAAUCUAGCUCGGAUGCCAAGUACAACUGCUGUUAGUAGCAAUGCAAGUUCUCCAGUCGCCGUGAGAAACAGUCAGAGUUUUGACUCAAGUUUGCAUGGAGCUGGGAACGGGAUUUCAAGAAUACAGUCUUGCAUUCCAUCCCCGGGACAGCUUCAGCACAGAAUCCACAGCGUGGGCCAUUUCCCAGUGUCCGUCCGACAGCCUCUGAAAGCCACAGCCUACGUGAGCCCCACCGUUCAAGGCAGCAGCAGCAUGCCUGUAUCCAACGGCCUGCAGUUAUAUUCCAGCACGGGGAUCCCCGCGCCAAACAAAGCUGCGGCUUCUGGGAUAAUGGGCCGCAGUGCUCUUCCGAGACCUUCACUGGCAAUAAAUGGGAGUAACCUGCCUCGAAGCAAAAUUGCACAGCCUGUUAGAAGUUUCCUUCAGCCUCCAAAGCCUCUGUCUUCACUCAGCACGCUGAGGGAUGGAAACUGGAGAGACGGUUGCUACUGACGCUGUCUCGCGUACCCUUGAAGAAUGGGAAAGACGUGGAAAUGAGGGUUGAGUUACCUAGCUGGCUAGGUAACCGUGAACGUCGGGAUAUUCUUUCCCUUUUGCAUUUUAACAUAUUUACUGCAUUGUUUUCCAAUGGACCAAGCGCCAGAGACUAAUUAUUGCACUUAAUAUUUGCCUGAGAUAAUACUGCAACGUUCUCAAAUCCACGGUUGCAGUAUUGUGACACUUAGAUCUAGGAAGUUUUUGUAGAACUGCUAUGUACCUGAAUACUUUUUGAGAGAAUUGAGAUGUAUCAAUAAUGCUUUCUUUGCCAUGAGUUUUUUAAAGUAACUUGUUCUAUUUACUUACGUGUUCUAAACAUCUUCCCGUUACAUGUUCUGUAUUUUAAUACAUUGCAUAUUUACAACUAGGUUCUAUAAUUUAUGCUUUGAAAUUUACUUUUUUAUAGUUUACAGGAAUUUUAUUUUUUGUGCCUAUUUCUUUUUACACCUAUGUGAACCACUAUGGAACAACUUAAAUUUUGUGCCAUAAAAAUAUUUUUGUGGUAAGGUACUAUUUUUUUAGCUCUAGGGAUAUAUCAGCAAAAAUCCACCAUACAAUUUGAAAGACCUAAUUUUAUGUUGAAUGAGCACAACAUAAGCUGAAGCAUUGCAAGGAGAUAGCCAGACAGCAGUUAGAUGGUCUUGUCUUUUUCAUUGUUAAUUUAUUGUCCUACGUGGGUUUCAGAUUUAUAAAGGCAUCACAGGCUCAUUGCACUUAAUACCUGCAAUGUUUGCUACUGUACCACAAUUGAUUUUCAAUACUUUAUUACAGAGGAUGAGAAACUGUAAUGUUUUAUUAACAAUGCUUCUGGAAAUGAAUGCAUUUUAAAGCAAAUAAAUCUUUUUGAUAGACCUUUUACAAAACCCAUUUGCACUAAUGAAUGCUUUCUUAUGGUAUAUGACUUAAUAUUUGUUACUGUGUACAUUGCUCUUUUGGAAUGUUCCGAAAUAAAGACUAUUUCAGCAAUA